GUGGCCCCGGCUCAGGGAAGGGGACCCAGUGUGAGAAGAUCGUGCAGAAAUAUGGCUACACCCACCAGAAAUAUGCCUACCCCCACCUCUCCACGGGGGACCUGCUACGGGCGGAGGUCAGCUCAGGCUCGGAGCGGGGCAAGAAGCUGCAGGCCAUCAUGGAGAAGGGCGAGCUGGUGCCCCUGGACACAGUGCUGGAGAUGCUGCGUGACGCCAUGGUGGCCAAAGCAGACGUGUCCAAGGGCUUCCUCAUCGAUGGCUACCCCCGCGAGGUGAAGCAGGGAGAGGAGUUUGAGAAGAAGAUCGCCCCCCCCACGCUGCUGCUCUACGUGGACGCAGGGAAGGAGACGAUGGUGAAACGCCUGCUGAAGCGAGGCGAGACCAGCGGGCGGGUGGACGACAAUGAGGAGACCAUCAAGAAGCGUUUGGAGACCUACUACAAGGCCACCGAGCCCGUCAUCGCCUUCUACAAGAGCAGAGGCAUCGUCCGCCAGCUCAAUGCCGAGGGCUCCGUGGAGGAGGUUUUCCAGCAGGUCUGCUCCCACCUCGACAGCCUGUAG